GUGCACUGCGCAUGCGCCGUCCCUUUUCGUGGCCCUUGCCUUGUUGAUGGUUGUCUGGUGUUCAGAGACCUUUUCUAACAUUAAAUCUAAAUAUAGCCCUGUCCCACAAAUAAAUAACCUCUCGUUUCGCAUCAUUUAUUUGGCUGUACUGUGAAAACCCACCUACCCGCUGUAAGAUAUUUCCUGAAGCAGACACCAGCCAGGGCGUCGACUGGCCAUCAAAGCAGAGCAUCCAUUCAUCCUUUCAUCUGUAGCUAGCGUUAGCCGAGAGGCAGUUGGCAGCUGUUUCAGCCUGAGGGAGCUUCAAAAUGUCCGGUUAUCAAGGAAAGAAGAACAUCCCGCGAAUUACAAGUGACCGUCUUCUCAUCAAAGGAGCAAAGAUUGUAAACGAUGAUCAGUCCUUCUUGGCUGACAUCUACAUGGAGGAUGGAGUCAUCAAGCAAAUUGGAGACAACCUGAUUGUUCCUGGUGGGGUUAAGAUCAUCGAGGCUCACGGGCGGAUGGUGAUGCCUGGAGGCAUCGAUGUUCACACCCGCUUCCAGAUGCCCGACCGAGGCAUGGUGGCAGCAGAUGACUUCUUCCAAGGCUCCCGCGCUGCUCUGGCCGGGGGCACGACCAUGAUCAUCGACCAUGUGGUCCCGGAGCCAGGGGUCAGCCUGGUUGCUUCCUUCAAACAGUGGAGAGAGUGGGCUGAUGGGAAGUCCUGCUGUGACUAUUCUCUGCACGUGGACAUCACUGAGUGGAACAGAGGCACGCAGGAGGAGAUGGAGAUGCUAGUGAAGGAUCAUGGUGUCAACUCUUUCCUGGUCUAUUUGGCUUAUAAGGAUGUUUUCCAACUUUCUGACUCUCAGAUCUACGAGGUGUUCAGUGUCAUCCGAGACCUUGGAGCCAUCGCUCAGGUGCACGCUGAGAACGGAGACAUCAUUGCUGAGGAGCAGAAGCGAAUACUUGAGUUGGGGAUCACCGGUCCAGAAGGUCAUGUGCUAAGCCGUCCAGAAGAGGUGGAGGCUGAAGCAGUCAAUCGCUCCAUCACCAUAGCUAAUCAGACUAACUGCCCCCUCUACAUCACCAAGGUGAUGAGCAAGAGUGCGGCUGAUGUCAUUGCUCUCGCCAGGAAAAAGGGCGCUGUGGUUUACGGGGAGCCCAUAUCUGCCAGCUUGGGGACAGAUGGUACCCAUUACUGGAGUAAGAACUGGGCCAAGGCAGCAGCCUUUGUCACCUCUCCGCCUCUCAGCCCUGAUCCCACCACCCCCGACCACCUCAGCUCUCUGCUGUCAUGCGGGGACCUGCAGGUGACCGGUAGCGCUCACUGCACUUUCCAGACUUCCCAACGUGCUGUGGGCAAAGACGACUUCACCAUGAUCCCAGAGGGUACCAAUGGCACUGAGGAGAGGAUGUCUCUAAUCUGGGAUAAAUGUGUGGUGACUGGAAAGAUGGAUGAGAACCAGUUUGUGGCGGUAACGAGCACAAACGCAGCCAAGAUCUUCAACCUGUUCCCCCGUAAAGGCCGCAUCGCUGUGGGCUCCGACGCCGACCUCGUGCUGUGGGACCCAGAUAUGACAAAGAUCAUCUCAGCCAAGAGCCACAACCUGGCUGUUGAGUAUAACAUUUUUGAGGGGACAGAGGUGCGUGGAGGUCCUCUGGUGGUGAUCAGCCAAGGUAAGAUUGUGUUGGAGGAGGGUACCCUUCACACCACGGAGGGCUGUGGACGCUACAUCAGCCGUAAGCCCUUCUCUGACCACGUGUACAAGAGGAUAAAGGCUCGCAGCAGGGUGGCUGAGCUGAGAGGAGUCCCCAGGGGCCAGUACGACGGGCCGGUGUGUGAGGUGACGGUGACUCCCAAGGUGAUGUCCAUGGUCUCCUCAGGGAAGACGUCCCCCGUCAAGCAGCAGCAGCAACAGCAGCAAUUUACCCAUCAGCCCGUGCGUAACCUUCACCAGUCUGGCUUCAGUCUGUCCGGUGCUCAAAUCGAUGACAAUGUUCCCCGUCGCACUACUCAGCGCAUUGUGGCGCCCCCUGGUGGAAAAGCCAACAUCACCAGCCUUGGCUAAGCGACCUGCUGAACCAAGCCUGGAGGGGGGGUGACACACCAGACCAGAGGUCACAGUUAUUAAUGACACCUCACAUCCAUCACCACCUCUGACUUCCCGUGCACCCCCCACUCCCUCGCUGUCCAUUUUUAUCCACACAUUACCACCACAUCACCUCAUUCUGAAGAAGAAACCAAGCACUAUUCCAUGUUGUUUCAUCUUUUUAUGCCAUAUUCCCGUAAUGAGGAAGGAUGAAGUGAAUUGAAGCAGCUUUUUUUGCUGAUUGAUUUGUUUACAUGGUUUGUUUUUAUUUAAUUUUUGCUGUACAUGUUUAAACUUUUCCCAAUGGAUCAAAAUGCCGACCGAGGCAGUUUCCCAACAUUUUGUUUACAAUUUUUUGUAUUUCUGAAUAUUUAGAUUUUUUGUCCACUUUUAUUUAAAAUGCAGCCAUCCACAAUAACAAAAUUAUUAUUUUAUCGGGAGUUCACAUCAUAAUAAAAAUGAUCCAGUGCUUUUUUUUUUAUUUAUUUAUUUUUUUUAACUAAACUAGAUUACAUUUUACGCUGAUGCUGCAGAAUAUAGUUUUUCUUGCUGUAGAUGAAAUUAGUUGCUGGUAAAUUGUUUUAGACCAAAUAAUUCCACAUUGUUGAACGAAAACUCAAAACAUCCUAACUAAUCUGAUUUUGUUUAAUUUUGUUUUCUUAAAAUUAUUAACUGUUAUUGUUCCUGAAGCUGGCAGUGUUUGUUUUUAGUUUCAGCAUUUUAACAGAGCAGUUCACACAUCUUCCUUUUGCGUGACAGCACUUCCUCUUUCCUUUUUUGUAUUUAAAUGGAUGGUUUGUGUUUCAGGAGGUCAUUUUUAAAAGCCCUAACUGCACUGAAGGAGGGAAAAGGGGUAUUUCAGGGUCAAACCACUUACUGACCGUUGCGCUGAGAUUGGGGGGAUUGGAACAGCUCACUUGUGGCAUUUUCAUCUGAGAAACACAAACGUUUGCCCUCGUUGUCAAGGCAACAAGCUUCCAAUAGUCUGACCGGUGUUUGUCGUUCAGGAAACGGAUGGAUGCCACAGUGAUGUUUGUUGGGAGUUUUUUUUUUGCUGUUUUGUCGACAACCUCUCUACACCUGGUGCUAUCUGACCUUUGCCGUAGCCGAGCAGAUGAUGUCCACGCAGCAGUCGUGUAAGCUCGGUAUUUUCAACAGCGAGGGCGGAGUCACCGUUCACCCAGUUUGAACCGAAAAUUGUUUUGCACCUGUAACAAUCCAAAUAGUAAAUGUGGAUGUGAGAUUGCAACUUUGUACUGGAUAUGUUGAUAUGUUUAUGUGACAUACUGAACUACUUGCCUGCCUGUUGUGUAAUAUAUUGACAGCACACUGUAUCUAUGAAGGCUCUUUAAAGGCAGAGGAUACUUUUUUGAGACCUGAUGAGACAUUUUCUGUAAGUAUUUGAAAUUCCCCACAGUGUGCCGACGACGUGUCCGCUGUUCUUGGUGUUAGUGUUGUGAAUGAAGUACCAGAUGCUAUAUAUUGUUCCCUUAUCUACUCACCCCACCAUCAUUAACACCAGACUCACUUACCCGUUUUCACCAGAACACAACAGGUUGUCAGUCAUUCAACAAGAUGCAGGAUUCUUUCUCUUCAUUGCCUUGUCAUGUGUAGGUUUUGUAUGCAGAUCUUUAACGUGAAGUGAUUAACGUUUGGGGAACUUUCUUGGAAGUAAGUGGUUCUUGAGUUUGUGAUGUUGAGCACGAUGUUGUUUGCUGCCCUCCACCAGCUGUUGAUGCUCAUGUACGUUUUUCUAAGACACCAGAGUUGGGAUGGAGUCAUCGGUCCUGUUAGCUUUUGACCUUCUCUGUGUUGACUUCAGUGGAUUAAAUUAAUAAAAUGUCACACAUGUUG